AUAAUUUAUGCAUACUGCCACGUAGGAAACACUGUUCAUUAUUGAACAUUCCUUUAACUAACAAGAUUUUUGUAACGAGAUCUGUGAAAUAUAAAGUUCAAUAAAGGUAAAUUUAAACUUCACGACGGAGAUGGUUAUUCGUUAUGGCACUUAAAGUUUAUGGAGAAAUAAUCAUUAAUGAAGUUUGAUGAAAUGAAAAAAUGGCAACGAUGUUAAAUGACGAUCAAAAACGAUGGUGUGUUUAUGGAAUCGUACUUAAUAAUGUUUUGAUCCCAGCUGUUCGACCUUACCUGGAAAAUAAUAUUUUAAAUGAGUAUAAUGGAUUAAAGAAAAUUCAUAAGAUUGAUGUUCAAACAACUCACAUAUUUCCUUCAACAAAAUAUUCCCUUCGCGAUCUACAUUAUAAAAAUAUCAACAAUAAUAAAACAAAGGAUAAGAAUAAAUUUAACUAUGAAGUUAAGUCACAUGUCGACUUUGGAAAACUGUUCCUUCAAAACCACAUGGCAAAGUUUAACAGUUACAACAGUUGUGACGCAUCAGCAGUGCUUAAUUUACUAGAAAGGAUCCCAAUUUUUUCCAGCCUGGUCCAGAAUGCGGCAAAAAUCGUUAGAGAAAAUAGAAAUUCUUGGGGUCACUGUAAUUUUGAGGAAUGGAACGAAACAGAUUUUCUAAAGAAAAUCGACAAUAUGAAGAAACUUGUGAAAGAAUUGUGUUUAGCAACUGAAGAUGAAGUUUUGAAUGUUAUAAAUUAUUGGAAAAAUCAAGCUUUGACAUUGUGGACAAACGACCGUGCUUUACGCGAAGAAUUAGAGGAGCACAUUAACAAUCUUUCAAAUGAAAUUGAGGAAAUGAAAUUCGAAAAUGAAGAUUGCAAAAAGCUAUUGCGAGAGACGCUUAACAGGUUUUCGCAUUUCAUGAAAGAAACUUUGCAGAUUAAAAGAACUGUACAUGAAACAAACGAAAAAGUUGAUGAAAUUAAAGAUAAACAAAAAGAAACAAAAGAAAAAGUAGAUGAACUUGAAGAUAAACAAAAAGUAACAAACGAAAAAGAAUUGUGUUUAGCAACUGAAGAUGAAGUUUUGAAUGAUAUAAAUCAUUGGAAAGAUCAAGCUUUGACAUUGCAAACAAUUGAUCGCACUUUAUGUGAAGUGUUAAAAGAUCACAUUAACAGACUUCGAGAAGAAGUUGAAGAAAUGAAAUUUGAAAACCAAGAGUACAAAAAGUUAGCGCAAGAUACGCUUGACAAAUGCAUUGAUCAGUUAAAAAGACGUAUUGAGAAACUUGAAGACGAAUUAGAGAAAGUUAAAGACACAGUAGAGAAAGUUAAAGACGACGUAGAGAAAGUUAAAGACGACGUAGAGAAAGUUAACGACAAAGUUGAUCAACUUCAUCAAAGCAAAAUUAAUGAUUUUGCCAUUUGUGACAGCGAUAUCGAUUUCCACUACCAAAAAUUCGAUCCAGAAACAAGAAAAUGGUUGAUCGAAGAUUUCUCUGCCUGGUUCGAAAAACCUGGAGAAUCAAGAGCUUUUGUAUUUAUGGGAGAUGCUGGAGUUGGUAAAACAGUUAUGUCAGCUGCUAUCGCUCAACGCGCUAAGGAUGAUGGGAAGUUAGGAGCAACAUUCUUUUGUAGACAUUAUGAUGGUACACGUCGUGAUCCAAGAUCUCUCCUGGCCAGUGUUGCUUAUCAGUUAGACUCGUCCUUGAUUCUAUUUUGCACCAAUAACAAGAAUUCUCGUCGUCAAACAAUUUACGUCUGGUUUGUGAAAAACAAAGAUUUAAAGCGUUUCCUUCCUGAAAAUUAUUUGAUAGAAGUAGACACUUGUUGUUCUUCGAUGAAUAACCGCAUAAUCAUCUUGUGUAAAGGAACAUCAAUUUGGAUAUACAACUAUGAUAAAAAUAAAGCCAGUGAACCAACCACGCGUUCAUUUCAAUUAGGUAGUAAACAGGAGAAGUGUAGCCAUUGUAUUCUGUCGUCUGACGACAAAAUGUUAGCUUGUUGUGUAGAAAAUAGAAUAAUUUUUUAUGAGUUCCUAAGUGCUCCUGAAAAAGCAUCUCAAAAAGCAUCUCAAUUUGAGCAUUCAUGCAUGGUUAAAUGUUGCUAUUUUAUGGGAAGAAACAAAUAUGUUUUGUUUCAAGAUAUUGCAGGUUACUUGUGCAUGUUUGAUCUGAUUCAAUGGAAAUUUGUAACAUACUUUAAAGCUGAUACUUCAGUUAAAAUUUUUAAACUUACUGAUUACAAAAUAACUUGUAUUCAACCAAAUGGUAAAAUCAAUUUUCUCGUUAUUCGCGGUUUAAAGGAUUGGUCAGGCAAGGAUUACAAUCUACCUUAUAAUUUGUAUGUUAGCGACUUCGCACCUUUUACAAACAGUGAUAAUGACGAUUGUUGCAUUGAUAGUGAAUUUUGGCAAUAUGAAAGUAGUGAAAGUGAUAAUGACGAUUAUGUCAAUUAUAGUGAAUCUUCGCAAUCUGAAAGUAAUGAAAGUGACGAUGAAAUGGUUUAACAAUGUAGCUUGUAAUUUAUGUGUGUUGUUAAUUUCACUAAUGGUGAAAAUGAAGUCGACAGUACCACCGACAAUGUGAAAUGUCAGCUGAAAUUAUUUUGAAGGUCCAGGGCUGCAUCGUUGAGAUGUUACAAGAAAUGAAAACUUUUGUCAUAAAAACUCAUUUCAUUUAUUUUUAUGCAUAAUAACUAUAAUCUACGCCUCCAUCGAAGCAUCGAUUUUUUUCUAAACAAAAUAGACAAGGAAAAAUUUGCUAAACGAAUUUUCAUAAUCGCAUCUUCACCAACUUGAUAAGUGAGGGUUAUUGAGAAAGCCAGCUUCUUUAUCGGGGGGUAGCACAGUCAUACAAACGAAAUUAAUAUUUUGAGGUCAGAGGCAAAUGUAGAUAAAUUAUAUCAACUUAUUUGUUGACUUAUUCAAAUUUCAAAACAUACCUUCACAUUUUUAUGAACGUAUAUUUUGAAAUUAAGAUUUUUCUGCUGGCUAAGUCCACAAAUGUUUGCAGUAUAUUGAAUUGUGAAAAUAUGCCUCCCUCCAUACUCCACGCCUAAAUCAUCAACCUGCAAAGUUGUUGAUAACUUGAUCAUCUAAGGCCGGUUGCACAAACCUUGGAUAGCGUUAUCCAUUGGACAGCAUAAAUUUUCAAACUUGUAAAAAAGAUGUUUAUAUUUUUUUACGACAAAGAAAUUCCGUAAUCUUAAAAACAAUGUUUUAUUUCAGUGAUUGCUUAUUAGGAAUCUUAUAAUUAUUGCUUUUCAAAACGUUUUAUAAGAGUUAAAAAAAUUGCUAUCCAAUGGACAACGCUAUCCAGGCUUCGUGCAACCGGCCCCAGUUCCUAAGUUUCUUAAAUUUUCUGCCUUUUUCAAUAAUUUUAAAAAAAUUUGCUUAAGUACGUCAUCUUAAAAUCAAACUUUUUGUGAAGAUAACACAACUGUGUUGUGUAAUAGUUGAGAAUUCUUGAUCUUAGAGAUUGGGGAAAGUUGAUAAUUUAGAGAUAGAAAUGUUAUAAGUUGUGUAAACAUGUAAAUUUGUGGUUCUAUUUCAGAAAAACAUAAUGAAAAAACUACCUUUUUUACACUUUUUAACAAUUUAUAGCAAUGUUUAGAAAAUCGUUUUGAGACAAUUAUUGAUGUUAUUGAUGUUAAUGAGUCAUUUCGUUCUGAGAACCCGUGGACAUUAAGUGAAAAAAAUAAUCUUAUUCAAAUCAAAUAUCACCCACUACGACUUAACCCACCCGUCGUAUUGAAAAAAGUCAUCUUAACGACAAUCUUCAACAUCAAAUUAAUCAGUGAACAUUGCCAUAAAUGUAAUCAUUUACUUGUUGAUAUAAUUCUAGAUAUUUGUAGUAUAAAUAAACAAUACUAUAAGAGCCAUGUUUAUAUGAAAGGUGAGAGAGAACUUGACGAGUCUUUGUCACUUACCAAACAACAGUUUGGAUCCUACCAAAGACGAAAUGUUUUUCGACACGUAAAUCAUUCUUCAUUUCCGACAAAAAAAUAUGAAAAGCUGAUAUUACAUCACAGACUUGUCUUUAAACAGAAAAUUAUCAAAGAUUGCUACUCUACCCCUACAAAAAUAAAUAAAACAUUUCGUUUAAACAAGCUUCAGGUUUCGUCUCUCCAUUCAUAAACAGACCUUAAUUUAGAAAUUGUAGAUGUCAGUUAAGAUAAAAAAAUGUUGUUGUAAGUCAAAGUAAUCCAAACAUUAACUGGUCAUAAAUUACAUUAUUUUUUAUGAUGUUUGCAUAAAGUUCAUCUAAAUGACUGGAACUUUUUAUAGCAACAAGUGUUUAGCCAUGUAAUAAUCUUUUAGCAUUUUGUAGACAAUUUAUUUAGUGGAUUAAGAAGGAUAUUGAAUAAAGUAUCAACCUCAAAUCUACUGGAAA